GCGUCUCAACAGAGUUUUCAGUGAUGAAGACUUCGAGAUGGCAAAAGAAACCCAUCCUGUAUACCUAUUUGAAGAGAUGCCUACAUGAAAAUCCCUUUCAAGACUGCUGCUUUCUCUCGGACCUGCCGUGAUUGAACUUCAUCUUCUUCUAUUAGGAGAAAGGGAGAGUGGAUCUUUUUAGGUGCAAGAGUGGCUGUCUGCAGAAAUGCCAGCCAACCUCACCGUCUCAAACAACACCGUGCUAGUUCUGGGUGCCGAAAUUAACACCGCACAAACCCAGGACACCGACUAUAACUUCCCUGCUCUGAUAUUCGGAAUAUUGCUAAUUGUGGUCAUCAUUUGUGGAAAUUUGCUUGUGUGCCUUAGCGUGUACAGAGAAAAAGCUUUGAAAACUACAACCAACUACUUCAUAGUCAGUCUGGCUGUGGCUGAUUUGAUGUUGGCAGUUUUGGUUUUGCCACUGUUUAUAUAUGUUGAGUUCCAGGGUGGUCUGUGGUCACUGAACAUGCAUGUCUGCGACGGCCUGAUGACAAUGGACGUGAUGCUGUGUACGGCUUCCAUAUUCAACCUCUGCGCCAUCAGCAUCGACAGGUUCAUCGCUGUCUCCAUUCCACUCAACUACAACCUUAAGCAUGUUGAUCAGAGACAGAUCUUCCUGCUCUCCGCCACGUGGAUCCUGGCCUUGGCAGUGGCCUCACCCGUCAUGUUUGGCAUCCAAAACGUCCCGCAGCGGGACACUACAGAGUGUAAACUGGAGGACGACAACUUCGUGGUCUACUCCUCUGUCUGCUCUUUCUUCAUUCCCUGUCCCAUCAUGCUCCUCCUCUACUGCGGCAUGUUCCGGGGAUUGAGGAGGUGGGAGGAGGCACGCAAGGCCAAGCUGAGGAGCAGCAUCCUGGUCUGUAGGAAGUUCCAGGACGCAGCUGCCUCCCUGCCCCCGCUGGAAUCCCUGCCUCCUCCUCUACCCCCCAUUAUCAAGAGGAAGGAGCUCACAGACAUGAAGCCAGAGCUAAAGGAUAUUAAUCUGGAAGAGCUGGACUCUUACCCCCUAGAGUCUCCAGACGGCCCCUAUAAAAACUCCUCACCAGACACACCAGACCGCCCCUAUAACAACUCGUUAACAACUACAGAGUACAAGGACGGCCCUGUGCCCACCGUGGUGGCCUAUUCUAACAUUAGGUACAACCUCCACCCCCAAACCGACCCUCACCAGAAGAAGAGGGCCAAGAUUAAUUGCAGAGAGAGGAAGGCCAUGAAGGUGCUUCCUGUCGUUGUGGGUGCCUUCCUGUUCUGCUGGACCCCGUUCUUCGUGGUCCACACCAUGCGGGCCCUGUGUGCCACCUGUUACAUCCCCCCAUGGCUGAUGAGCAUCGUCACCUGGCUGGGCUACGUCAACAGCGCCCUCAACCCCAUCAUCUACACAGUUUUCAACACAGAGUUCAGGAACUACUUCAAUAAAUUCCUCCACAGCUGCUGUAUAUACCGAUAGACAAGAUGAGCACAACUAGCCUGGUCCCAGAUUUGUCAUCAUGACAAGGAACUCCUAUGGUCAUUGUCAUUUCUAUUGUCAUUGUAACUCCUAUGGUCAUUGACGACAGCAAAAACAGAUCUGGGACUAGGCUGAGGCACCACCACUGAUGAAUGGACAAAAAAGCACAAUGAACAAUACCAUUGUAAGAUGUUACGAUAUCAAAUUUGUGCUUUGCUGUACAGAAAAUCUUGCGUUUGCAUAUUUUUCUCCCACUUGGGAUUUUAUUUUUUUCUGUUGAUAAAUGCUUGUGAUUUA